UGAUGAGAACACAAACAUGUUUGCAGAAAUUGCUACUGCAAGAUUGGCAACAUUUUUAUUGCUUAUGGGUGAUACAAGUGUAUUAUCCAAUUGGCCAUAUCAAAAUAAUUUGGCACUUGCAAUUAUGAUGACUUUAUUUUUAUCCUCGACUACUAUAUUUAUUUUGAAUGUUUUUAUUGGAUUAUUUAGUGAGGCAAUGAAUUUUGAUGUUGAAACCUCAAUGUUGAUGAUGAAGGCUAAGUUUUUGGCUGAAAUAGAAAUGUUUUACCUAUUUCCAUCUCAGAGACGUUGGAAAAGUUUGUUUCCUGAAACAAUAUAUUAUUAUGCUGAUAUUAGAGAGGUUCGAGAAAAGAUUAAGCAAAUGUUUGAUAAUAAAGAAUGGGAUAGUGAUAAAUUUCCAGAGAUGAAGCAAAAUUUAUUAAAGAUACUCAAUAUUAAGAAUCCUCAAGACAACUAAGACCUCCUGCAGGAAUUAUUAAAAAGAUAGAAAGUAAAAAUAAUGUCAUAUAAAUCAUGGUUAUGUUUGCCUCUCAAUUGGUUUUAAUCAGUUAGGAAUUCUUAUUUU